AUGGGCAACGCAGGCAGUAAGAAUAAAAUCUCCGCCCAGGACAAGGCGAUCCUGGACAUGAAGAACCAACGCGACAAACUCCACCAAUACCAAAAACGCAUCACCAUCCUCACCGCCCGCGAGACCGAAGUCGCCCGCACCUGCCUCGCGCGCGGCGACAAGCCCCGCGCGCUCCUCGCCCUGCGCCGCAAGAAAUACCAAGAAUCCCUUUUAUCCAAAACCGACGCCCAGCUCGAGCAGCUCGAGAAGCUGACGUCGAGCGUGGAGUUCGCGCUCGUGCAGAAAGAUGUGCUGUACGGGCUGAGCCAGGGCACGGAGGUGCUGAAGAAGAUCAAUCGAGAGAUGGGCGGGGUAGAGGCAGUGGAGAAGUUGAUGGAGGAAAGCGCGGAGGCGAGGGCGUAUCAGGAGGAGAUCAGUCAGGCGCUGGCGGGGCAGAUGAGUAAUGAGGAGGAGGAUGAGGUUGAGGAUGAGUUGGAGGCGUUGGAGAGGGAAGUGGUUGGGUUGCCGGAUGCGCCGAAUGGGGAUGUGGUGGGUGAGGGGACGUUGCCUGAUGUGCCGAGUGUGGAGGUUGAGACGGAGGAGGAGAAGGUGGUGAAGCAGAAGGAACGGGCAAGAGCGAGGAGGGUUGCGCUGGAGGCAUCAUGA